ACUUUUCUUUUUAUCUUUUAUUCUAUUGACCCUGGGGCACCCUUAUGCUGUCCAUGUACUAUAAAACUAGUUAUUUUAAUAGAUACACUGCAUGCUGGGACUUAAAGAGUUUACUAUAAAAGGAAGAGAAGCCUAGCAACUACUCACUGCAUUUCCAACCUCAAAAUAUUUCUUUCCCAUAAGAGAGACAUGGAAAAGGAUAUCUGUGAUCUUUCUCCAACAUGGGAUGGUGAUAAUGCCAACUCUACUGAGAAAAGGCUUAGGUUAUUUGGCUUUGAGCUAAACCCUUCUAAAGAGGGUAGUGCCAAGGAGUCUGGUGAAGGAGAUGAAAGUGUGAACUCCUCUAAUUCAGUCUCAUCAGGAGGAGAGAAAACUGUGCAAGAGAAAACCUCAGCCAAAGACCCUGAUGAGAAAAAGUUUGAGUGCCAAUAUUGUUUCAAAGAAUUUGCAAACUCACAAGCACUAGGAGGCCACCAAAAUGCUCACAAGAAAGAAAGAAUGAAGAAGAAGAGGUUGCAGCUUCAAUCCAUAAACCGUUACUUGCAACACCCUUUCCAAACCAACCAUGGCUUUGCUUACCAACCCUCUGAUACUCCUUGGUUCUAUGAUCCCUCUACCUAUAACUCUGAGUUCACCCUUUGUGAAGAACCUCAGAUUAGCUUCAAUUCAAAUGCUAUAGAUACCAACUUUUCUUGUGAUCAGAAAUCUAGUUGGUAUCCUAUAGCAUCCCACUUUCCUUCACAGCAAGAUACUUGCAUGUUCACUUUCUCCAAUUCAAAUAACAAUAAUAAUAGUCCUUUCUUCUUCAAGCCUUGCCACUUCCCUACUUCAAACCAAGGCCAUAGUAAAGCCUUAGAUCUUCAACUAGGCCUCAACUUGCAGUCAAAUACAAGUUCUCUAAGAAGGAUGUAAUUUAGUAUGUAUAGGACAUAUAGGUUACAUUAACAGUAGUUUCCUUGUUUUUCCUUGAAUUAUUUUAAUGCAUCAAUUCUCAAACAUUUGGGAAAAGAAAAUGAGAAACAGUGAAAGAAAGAAAAAAAAUUCAUUGGAGUUAGUUGGCCUUGGCCCUUACAGAGCCAAUCACAGAAGAGUCUGACAAUGACCACCUUCCAGAAUUCAGACAGCAUUUACGAUUGAUAUGAUGUAUUUAUUAUAGCAUGUAGUUAUUUGAUAUUUUACAUACACUUUUCUACAAUCUCAGUACAUAUAAUUAUGCUGCU